AUGCAGCCCCUCACCUCCGCCACCUGGGCCGCCCUGCUCCUCAGCCUGGCCUGCGCUUCUGUCCACCGGGCUUGCUGGGCAGAAGCAAGCAGCAGCAACAGCUCGGGCUUGACUGGCCACCACCCAGAUGCUGGGACCCUGGAGGAAUGCCCCAACGUCGACUUCUGCCCACAUGCAGCCCGGUGUUGCCACGCUGGAGUGGACGAGCACGGCUGGAUCGCGGCGGCUGUGGGUUGGAGUCUCUGGUUUCUCACCCUCAUCCUGCUCUGUGUGGACAAACUGAUGAAGCUGACUCCGGACGAGCCCAAGGACUUGGCAGUGUGA